UUCUCCCGGGCCCCAGUGCGACAUGGCUUCCAUUAAAGCUCUCUAAAGUUGUGAAUGGUCACCAGUCCUCUGGCAGUUGCAUGUGCGCCUGGAUCAUGCUUUAUGUUGGUGGGCCUGAACUUCGUCACUCAGCUGUUUUGGGUGGGGGAGAUAAAGGGGCACUGAUAUAAUGGCCCCGUUCUCUCUACACGCACAUCCAUUGUGCUAAUCCGCUUGGAAACGCUCCACCAUGGAGUGGCUUUUCAUUACCGUGGCAACCUGCUUGCUAGUCCUCUGUCCUGUCAAAGGUGAUAAGUGGAGACUGGAAUAUGAAGAAGGACUCAGUCACUACAGCGAGGAAGCACUUCGAACGGAGUUUCCUGAGAAGACCAGGCCAGUCAGUUUCAAACACCCACCUUUCAUGUGUCCUGACAUGAGCCCCUCUUUUUCUGUGCCCACCUCAGUCGAGCUGGUGAAAGCAGCGGAUAUUAAAGUGAUCGCUGCCCUUGGGGAUUCAUUGACAACAGCCAUUGGUGCAAAUGCAACCACAGUUCUUGGAAUACCUAUUGAAUUUCGUCACGUGUCUUGGAGCAUUGGUGGCUAUGGGUCCUUUCAAGAUGUCAUUACACUGGCAAACAUCAUUCGACUCUUCAACCCCCAUUUAGUGGGACCUGCCCCAACCAAGACGGUCCAUGGGACCCCAGCGCCCCUCUGUGAGACUGGAUUUAACCUGGCUGUAACCGGACACAACACCUUUAAUCUUCCUGAACAAGUCAGGCAUUUGAUUGAUACAUUGAAAACAUAUGAGGAAAUUGACUUUGAUGAGGACUGGAAACUGUUGACCAUUCUAAUUGGGAUGAAUGACAUCUGUGAUUACUGCAAAGACAAGGCAUUGCUUACAAAGCUGUUUCUUUGGCAAACUACAGACAGAAGAUUCUUCUACAGUAUUGACAAAUUUUGUUCACAAUGUCAAAGCGGAAACUAGAGGAAGCUUUAAAUAAAUGUUAAAUUGA